CUUGACCUCAAACGUCGAACCCAUCUUCCUCGGCAUCUUUUGCUAACACUGGAACGAGAACUAAUGUUAUUAAGCUUAUUCUUAACGGAUCAGAUCAGCUCAACUCCGAGAACUCGCACAAGAGACGCCAUAGUCCAUAGUCCAUGUUUGUACCUACCAGCAAAAUCCAUUGGCAAGACUCGAUUGGAUCGCUUAUACUCCUAGACACCACCUAUCCUUUACACUUCACUGUGUGGAGUGCGCAUCAAGCAUAGGAGGUACUUAUAUGUUACCUCGGCCGGCGAGUUAAAUUAGCUUAAAAUACCGCGUACAUCGUCAACAUAUCUCGCUCUCUCUAGCCUAGCGUAUGAACUUUCCAGAGCGUUCAUACAAGUACAUAUAAAUAAGGAUAGGUAGUCGACGUUGCAUAUUACGCUCUCUACAUAUUAUAUACUACAGGUAGUUAGGAAGACGUCGAUCUGCAAGUAUUAAUUGGUUCAAGCGGGGGCGUUCCAGAGGCUCGGGAAUCCAAGCCUCAAGGUUCUCCCUAGAAAACAACACGGGGGCACGAUUGGAUAGGUAGAAGAAGAGAAGAAAAAAAGGGGGCCCAGCGAAACCUGCUUGUUUGUCCCACCCCAUCACCCGUCCGGAUUCGCUAUGAAUAAAUUGGUCCUGCGUCUCCGACAAUACGGUCGAUGCACAAUGGCAACCACCGAAGAUCAAAAUGGCAAGCAGCAGCCUGACCGAUCGGUGGAUUACAUAUUGACGGGCAAGGUAUAUAUCGAAGAGCUGCCCCCUGACAUAGAGCCGAUUCGAAAGUUCCUGGAGAAAUACAGCGGCAUCCGCGCCAAAGACGUCGACGAUCAUAUCCACGAAAUACGAGAUCGUCUCUGGGAGAUUUACCCUUACAUCUGCAUCGGCCACUUCCGCUUCCUUUCGCUGAAGUUCACGUCGGACCCGCGGUACCAGAUCGCUUUGAACCGGUUACUCGCGCCCCAGUCGGACGCCACCUUCCUCGACGUGGGCUGCUGCGUGGGCCAGGUGCUGCGACAGCUUACCUUCGACGGCGUAGACUCGGCGCGAUUGUACGGCACCGACUUAGAGCCGCGCUUCCUAAACGCGGGCUUCGACCUAUUCAGGGACCGGGACAGGCUCCGCGCCACGUUCGUAGCCGGCGAUAUGGUAACCCCCGCGGGGGGGCAGGACGGUGACGGCGAAGGCGACGAGAAGCUAAAGGUGCUCUACGGCAAGAUCAACAUCAUCCACGCGACGAGCUUCUUCCACCUGUUCACGUGGGAAGAGCAGGUGCGGGCAGCCAGCAAGAUGGUGCGAUUCCUCGACGCGGACGAUCCGGACGUCAUGAUUUUCGGGCGCCACGUGGGAACAACGACGCCGGGCGACAGGGAGGGGGCUGCAAAGUCGAAGAGGUUCUUGCAUAACGCCGCGACCUGGCAGGAGUUAUGGGACGAGGUCGGCAAGGCAACGGGGACCGCAUGGCGAACGGAACUGAGCGAGAUAGAGGAGCCUGGCAUGCAUCCCGAUGGCAAUACCGACGGGACGCUUCAGCGCAUUGGGUUUGGCGUUUUUCGGGCUUGAUUGGGUUAAGAGGUAUUGAGCUGGACUUUCUGUAUACUAGGACGGGUGCAUAAUAACUGGCGUUUUCAUGGAUAGGAGGUAGGUAUCUUC